AUGCUGAGAAGCGCCACUCGGGAGUUGAGGCGAGGGUGGCAGGUGUCGCAAAAUGUGACAACCCACGCCAAGAUUGCUUGUUCCCUACAUCCGAAUGCGACUCGCCGAUAUGUGUCGACGUCGGAAAGUAUCGAGUCUGAGAUACUCAGCGGCCGUCGAACUUGGGAUCACCGCCCCAUCGCUGGGUUGAGGCAACAGCUCGCCGCUGAGAAGAAGCGCGAAGGUAUCGAUCAACCGGAAGACCAGGAGCACCAUGAAUCGAACCGAGCGCAGAGGACUCGUCGAACCGGGCCGGUAUUCGAGCAGAACUACCUGCGCCACAAAGUCGAACGGAAACUGAAGAUGCAGAAAGGAUGGAGCGAUCAGAGUCCAGCUGUUCUCCUCCGUCAGUAUCUUGCUAGCGAACGACCGAACCGGAGCAUGCAGCGACAAAUUGCUGCUAUCCGCAGCAUGCGCCUACCGAUUGUCCUGAUUCAGAUGGACUUGUAUCAACAGGUCGAGGCCGAUCCAGAGAACAACGAGGACAUGGCCGACUUACUGCCUCCGAGGGAACAAUGGGACAAUUUGAUGAGCGUCCUUCAUCACAACGGGCAUACAGAAGAGAAUCUGAACAAGUACGUGAACAUUCUCUUUGCCGAAAGUGAUGAAGAGAGGUGCCGGCUAUUCUUGGAAGAUGACCAGCCGAAGCCCACCUUUAUCCUCAGCUAUCUCUUGAGGCUGAGCUCCUCUUUCACUGAAAUUUCGACUCUGGACGGCAUUAUCCAAUACGUCAAGAAGCGAUUAAGGGACACAACUGACAAGGUUGAGCCCACAUCUGCCGUGAAGAAGUACGCUGGCCGGGCAGCAACCGCCAUGAGGAAGUUUGCACCAGAGGACUUCACACAGAUUAUGGAAAGGUUGGCUUUUCACUGUCGACGAAUAGAGCCAAGGCGGUUGAUGGAAUUGGCCGAUGCCGCGGCGGAUUUCAUCAUGCGCUAUGAAGCCAAGUCUGGAAACCCCAAAGAGACGUAUCACGCUCAAUGCAAGUUUUUCAACACUGCGCUCAAUGCUGUGGCUGGACGUACGGGCUCUGGGCCACAGCGCAAGUCAAUACCCUACGCUUACAUUUGGGAGGCCCAGCGGAUUCUAUUGGGCAUGUCCGGGGGCCUCCCGACCGCGCUGUUGGUGGACAGGACCGGAUUCAAGGCAAUCAGAGCGGUGCUGGCCGGAAUGCCCAAGAAUAGGGACGAGGUUCACAGCGCAAGACGUCAUUCACAGACUUGGCCGCCUUAUCUACAACCGGGAGACGGUAUGGACGAGGUGAUGGAGCCAGAUGACAGCUGGACCCGAGUGGUUCGGGCAGGAAUGAUGAUGCAGGAAGCUGGUUUUCCUAAGGGCGAAGUUGACUUUGCACUCGAUGUUCUGCAAGGCAUGGCCCAUGAUGGGACACCUACAAUCCAGCAACGGAGGCAACUUGGCCCAGAUCGCGACCUCGCUGCCUGGGCGGCCUCUAUCAAGGCAACACGAAACGCACAUGAGGCAUGGGAGAGAUUCAGGCACCCCCCGAAGCCUGAUAUGAAACCAGGUCUGGACGAAUACGCUGCCAUGUUUCAGAGGCUCUUUGCUCGCGAAGCCGACCCUGAUUCAAGUAGUCUACCGGGAGACACUACGCUCAACUAUCCCACGCAAGAGGAAGCCAACUUGACGGAGCUCGAAAAGUCUCGGCUGCAACCCCCGACACCAGCGGAGCUUUACGGGAUGAUGAGACGUCAGAAGCUCAGGCCAGACGAACAGUGUCUCACGGUUCUGGUGGCGAAUGCUCACAGUCUCGAUGAGGCCCACGAGUAUCUGCUUGAUGCCAGCACUCCACAACAGAACUAUGCGAACCUGACGUCGCCCAGUCCGAUAGCUGACGCACUCAAGACCAUUCCCCUCCCCGUCUUCUCGGCAUACAUUGAUGUCUGCUCCAAAAAUGCCAGCUACAGAGGUCGGAAUAUGCUACGUGCCAUUAGAUUGGCCGAGGCCCGUCUCAGUCGCAAAAACCAGAACUGGGCCUCGUAUAUUUGGGCGCCAAUCCUGAAGAACUUGGGUCAGCAUCACUAUGGCCUGAAGCUUAGCCUCGAAGCCCAGCUUCGAUUGCUCCUACACCUUGUGGAUCGCAUUGAAUCUACGCAUGGCAUGACGCUUCUCCUGUUCAACCGGUUUACACUAACCCUGCGCAAGAUCUUGCGACGGGAGGUGGAGAAGCUUUCGGCGGCUGUGGAAACAAAUAGUGCUGACCUGAGCGCGCUCGCCGUUCUUUACGACAUUGGCGCUGAGGAGGCGGGCGUUGCGCCUAGAAAGGUGAGCCCGGUCUGGGAUGACUCGGCACUGUCCCUGAUCAGGUCGGCUGGUUCACGAAUAAAGGCCUUCUUCUACGGCCUAGUGCUCCAGGAGCAAGACAGGGUGCGGCAGGGGGAGAUUACCGAUGUGUCGCUUCUCGAUGGCAUGAGAGCACGUCGAGAUCCCGUGAUGGCGCCGCACGCCCACGACCUGAUGCUGGCGCUGGCCUUUGCGGGAGAGUUUGAGGAGAUGGCCGAGGUGAUGAAAUGGCUCAUCCGAGAAUGGAGCCCUACAAGGCUGCGGGAGGAAAUGGAAGAUCUGGACGAGAUGCCCCGCGAUCUGGACAUGCUGGAGACGCUGUGUGUGUUCCGCGCGUUUGCGGAGCCCAUGAUAACACAGACGAAGCUAGACGCGGUACUAACCGACUUUAACACACAUGGGGUGUAUUGGGAGUGGCCCGACGAUGCAACGGUGGAAGGGUACCUAGACGGACGGCAUCACAGUAACUCUAAUCGGGAGCUGAGUGAGGUUCUCCGAUGGAUACGGCGAAGAAGGACGACGCGGCGGGCGGAGAAUGAGGGCUGGGCCAUGGACAUUGGCGACCUAGAGGUGGACUGGACAGAGACCAAGCGAGAGGCUCUGGAUCCACAGCACCUGAAAGACCUUGGGAAAAAGGCCUAUAGGUCUGAUUAG